AGGGACUUUCACGGGGAAUCGUCCCCUAGCAGACGACCUUCCCUGUCGUAUCGCGGUACACGAUGCACUUUGAUCUGACAACUUAUCGGCACACGUGGCCUCCUGUACAGCGGCGUGCUGCGACGGGGCGGGCAUUGACAUAACGGACCGCGACAUUAUCCGAGGCAGCGCCCAGGUAUGUUGCCGUCGUGCCUUCCAAUGGGUCGAACACUGCUGCGGUGGGGAUAUCGGAUGAAAGUAUGCAGACCACGAUCUCUCCAGCAGCACUCCCAAAGAGCACAAGCCAAGACUGCCAUCCUGAUGCACAAUAUGGGGGACUCCCACCACACAGAAGAUGUCGCGGCUUAUCUUGAGAGACUCUUCACUGAUGAAGACAUCAUGUCUCUGCCUUUUCAGAGCUUUCUAGGACCACUGAUUGCCAAGCGUAGAGCACCAAAGCUCAUGCAGAAGUACAAAAAAAUGGCUCCUGGAAAAGGCCUCUUGGAGUGGACUGAAUUACAAGGAGCUCUGCUUGCCGACAUGCUGGAUAAAACAUCACCUGAAACUGGACCGCACAAGUACUUCAUUGGCUUCCGUUAUUCUAAGCCCUUGAUAGAGGAUGCCUUGCUGCAGAUUGAAAGAGAAGGUUUUGAGCGAGUAGUGGCCUUUUCUCAGUACCCCCAGUACAGCUGCUGCACCACAGGAAGCAACCUGAAUGCUAUGUACCGAUUCUGUAGCAAGCAACAGUUGCUGAGCAAAGCAAAAUGGAUCUUCAUUGACCGAUGGCCCAUUCACGAUGCCAUCACUCAGGCAUAUGCAGUCAUAAUUGAAGAAGAGCUCAAGAAGUUUCCUGAGGAUGUGCAACAACAAGUAGUUCUUCUGUUUUCUGCACACUCUCUUCCAAUGAAGGUUGUGGACAGAGGCGACACAUAUCCGAGCGAGGUAGCUGCCACUGUGGUCAGCAUUAUGAGCAAGCUGAACAACAGCCAUUCUUAUCGCUUGGUAUGGCAGUCCAAGGUUGGCCCCAUGCCUUGGCUCCGGCCCAACACUGAGGAGGCCAUGCGAGCCCUGGUGAAGGAAGGCCACCGGCACGUGAUGGUGGUGCCAGUGAGUUUCGUGAACGAGCACGUGGAGACACUUUACGACAUGGACGUCGAACUGGGAAGGGAGCUGGCACCCGAGAUUGGAGUACUGAAUUUUAUUCGUGCUCCAGCUUUGAACGACCACCAUGUCUUCAUCAGGGGAUUAGCCGAUUUAGUGAAGAAACACCUGAAACUCCAAAAGAAAUGUUCUCCACAGCUUCUCAUGACAUGCCCCAUGUGCACGAAUGAUACAUGUAAGCAUAUGCGGAAGUGGAUUGAGACAUUGCCGUGAGUUUAACGAGAAGAAAGGCAUAACUGGGCAGCCCGAUUUUUGUUAGUCACAACCAUACCAAGGCAACAGUUAAUGAAGGAACUUACACUGGAAAUUAUUUGUGUUUGUCUUUUAUUUAGGCGUGAAAACGUCUGCUCUAUCAGAGCUGGCUACACCAAAAUCAGAAAUUAAUUUACAAUGAUACAGG